GCUAUCACAUACGAUUAGUUUACCUUUGACUAGUCUCUUGUUGUAAUAAAAAUCAUUUCUUUUCUUUUAUAUUUUUCUUGUUUUCUUCUACAGCUAACAAGCCCCAAGAUUACAAUUUUCUCAUUUCUUCUCUCUCAAAUCCUCCUAAACAAUCACUCCUUCAAGCAAUUCAACAAGUUCUACAUCUGAUUAUAUAUACAUAUUGAUGUUUUGUGUGGAUUUUCAUGUGGCUUCAAGUGGAUGAUGGCAGUACUUCCUCAAAAUUCAUUUUAGGGCUUAUAACUUCCUGUCUUGGCUCCCUUUCCAUUCUUGUGACUUGAUAUAAUGGCUGAUAGCUGGGAUGGAAGUUUUGACCACGGUAGCCAGUCAGAUGAUAGCCAUCAAUUUGAUAGAUUUCACAUAGAGCCUAUCUAUGAUGCUUUCAUCUGCCCUCUCACAAAACAAGUGAUGCGUGAUCCUGUAAGUCUGGAAAAUGGGCAAACCUUUGACCGAGAAGCAAUUGAGAAAUGGUUCAAGGAGUGCAAGGAGAGUGGAAGAAAGCUGAUUUGCCCUAUAACACUAACAGAGUUAAGGACCACAGACUUAAACCCAAGCAUUGCUUUGCGCAACACAAUUGAAGAAUGGAAUGCUAGGAAUGAAGCUGCUCAGCUUGAUAUGGCUCGCAGAUCAUUAUUUGUUGGCAAUGCAGAAACUGAAAUUUUGCAAGCUUUGAAGUUUAUCCAGCACCUUUGCCAAAACAAUCCAUCAACAAGGCAUGUUAUUCGUAACGCAGAGCUGAUACCUAUGAUUGUUGAUGUGUUAAAGAGCAGCAGUCGCCGUGUAAGGUGUAAAGCUUUAGAGAUUCUUCGCAUUGUAGUAGAAGAAGACGAUGAUAAUAAGGAAAUUUUGGCUGAAGGGGACACAGUACGAACCAUAGUCAAGUUUUUGUCACAUGAACUAUCUAAAGAGAGGGAGGAAGCAACAUAUUUGCUCUAUGAGCUUUCAAAAUCUGAAUUUUUAUCUGAAAAGAUUGGUUCUGUCAAUGGAGCAAUCCUUAUAUUAGUAGGAAUGGCUAGCAGCAAAUCAGAAAAUGUCGUGACUGUUGAGAAAGCUGAUAAAACUUUAAAAAAUUUGGAGAAAUGUGAGAAUAAUGUAAAGCAGAUGGCCGACUAUGGUAAAUUGCAGCCUCUCCUGACAUUAAUCCUUGAAGGUCCUCCAGAGACCAAACUGUCCAUGGCAGUAUACCUUGGUGAGCUAGUUCUUAAUAAUGAUAUGAAACUCUUUGUGGCUAAAACUGUUGGUUCAUCGCUGAUCAAUCUUAUGAGAGUUGGUAGCAUGCCAUCUCGAGAAGCCGCCCUGAAGGCUUUGAAUCAGAUAUCAUCUUUUGAAGCAAGUGCUAAGGUCUUAAUCGAGGCAGGUAUACUGCCCCCUCUUGUAAAGGAUCUUUUCACUGUUGGUUCCCAGCAGCUUCCCAUCCGACUAAAGGAGGUUUCUGCUACCAUUCUUGCAAAUAUUGUGAAUUCAGGUUCUGACUUUGAAUCUAUCCCAGUUGGUCCUGAUCACCAAACUCUGGUCUCAGAGGAUAUAGUUCACAAUCUACUCCAUCUUAUUAGCAACACUGGACCACAAAUAGAAUGCCAACUAAUUCAUGUCCUUGUCGGACUCACCAGUUCACUCACCACUGUACUCAGUGUCGUUUCUGCUGUCAAAAGCUCUGGUGCCACUAUCAGUUUGGUGCAGUUUAUUGAGGUUCCACAGAAGGAUCUUCGCGCAGCUUCCGUGAAGCUUCUUAAAAACUUGUCUCCACACAUGGGCCAGGAGCUAGCUGAGUGUAUACGUGGUCCAUCUGGCCAGCUAGGUUACCUUGUUAAAAUCCUAACAGAGAAUAUUGCUAUAACCGAAGAGCAAGCAGCAGCUGCUGGUCUUUUAGCUGAUUUACCAGAAAGGGAUAUGGGCCUCACUCGGCAGAUGCUUGAUGAAGGUGCAUUUCCAUUAGUUAUCUCUAGAGUGGCCAGGAUCCGGCAGGGAGAGACUAGAGGCAAUCGCUUUAUGACCCCAUAUCUUGAAGGGCUUGUUCGGGUUCUUGCAAGGAUUACCUUUGUAUUAGCCGAUGAACCUGAUGCAGUUUCAUUCUGCCAGGAGCACAAUCUUGCUUCUGUAUUCACUGAACUGCUUCAGGCAGCCGGACUUGACAGUGUACAAAUGGUUUCAGCCAUUGCUUUGGAGAAUCUAUCUCAUGAAUGCAAAAAUUUGACCAGGUUACCUGAGUUGCCAUCUCCUGGUUUCUGUGUGUCUAUAUUUCAAUGCUUUAGCAAUAAACCUGUCACAACUGGAUUAUGCCAAGUUCACAGAGGGACCUGUUCACUAAAAGAAACAUUUUGUCUAUUGGAAGGACAGGCUUUGGAGAAGCUAGUGGCCAACCUCGAUCACACAAAUGAGAAGGUAGUUGAGGCAUCACUGGCAGCAAUGUCAACUUUAUUGGAAGAUGAAGUUGAUAUCGAAAACGGGGUUUCUGUACUUUGUGAGGCAGAGGCAAUCAGGCCUAUACUUGAUGUCUUAAUUGAAAAACGGACAGAGACUUUGAUGAGGAGGGCAGUUUGGGUUGUCGAGAGGCUUUUGCGGACUGAUGAUAUAGCAUAUGAAGUGUCCGGUGAUCCAAAUGUCAGCACGGCUCUUGUUGAUGCUUUUCAGCAUGGUGACUACAGAACACGACAGAUUGCUGAGCACGCUCUAAAGCAUGUUGACAAGAUACCGAAUUUCUCUGGUAUUUUUCCAAAUUUGGGACAGUAGAGUUUCGUGUUGUCCUCUUGUCAGUGAUCAGCAAAUGCAAGGACCUGUUGAAUUUUUGACUCAUUUUAUAGAUUCUGGAAUUGACCCAAGUUUGUAAUUUGUGAAUAAGAUACUGGUAGAUAGUUUGUUUUCCUGGAAUUACUCAAAAUUCUCAUCAAUGUUGUUUAUGCUGGUAUUUUUUUGAUUACCCUGUAUUUUUGUAUACUUAGUGCGUGAAUGUGUAAUUAAUUAUUUCAUCAGUUGGAGUUUUUCGUGGUUUUGCA